AUGGCUCAGGCGUCCGGGAGGGGAGGACGGGUGGUAGGGGACUAUAUAGUGGGCCGGCAAAUCGGGUCGGGUUCGUUCUCGGUGGUGUGGCACGCGCGGCACCGCGUCCAUGGGACGGAGGUGGCGAUCAAGGAGAUUGCGACGGGCCGGCUGAACAAGAAGUUGCAGGAGAGCUUAAUGUCGGAGAUCUUCAUCUUGAAGAAGAUUAACCAUCCCAAUAUUAUUCGCCUGCAUGAUAUAAUCGAGGUUCCUGGGAAGAUAAAUCUUGUACUGGAGUAUUGUAGAGGAGGUGAUCUUUCUAUGUACAUUCAACGCCAUGGAAAAGUGCCUGAAGCUCUUGCAAAGCACUUCAUGCAGCAGCUAGUGGCAGGUCUACAAAUGCUUCGCGACAAUAAUCUUAUACAUCGAGAUCUAAAGCCACAGAAUCUCUUGCUGUCCACCAAUGACAACAAUUCCGUUUUGAAGAUUGCAGAUUUUGGAUUCGCAAGAUCUCUGCAACCUCGCGGCCUUGCUGAAACUUUGUGUGGUUCGCCACUUUACAUGGCUCCGGAGAUAAUGCAACUCCAAAAGUACGAUGCAAAGGCAGAUCUCUGGAGUGUUGGUGCAAUUUUAUUUCAGCUUGUGACCGGUAAAACCCCAUUCACAGGAAACAAUCAAAUACAGUUGCUUCAGAACAUUGUUAAAUCAACUGAGUUGCAGUUUCCUUCAGAUAGCAACAAUUUGAGUUCAGAGUGCAAGGAUUUAUGUCAAAAAUUGUUACGCCGCAAUCCAGUGGAACGAUUAACAUUUGAAGAAUUCUUUAAUCACCCAUAUCUUGCUCAGAAGGCCCUAGAGAAUGCAUCAAGGAAUAGGAGGGGUUCAAGGAUGGGAGACGGAUUUCCUAUGUCUGAUACCGGUGCCAUGAGGAACAUGGAAGAAAGUUCUCAGGAGGAUUGUAUGCCUUUCCUGUUGGAUGACGAUUCUAGUGGUCCUGAGGGGAGCCCUUCUUAUUCAAGGAGGAGGCCCUCGAUGAAGUCCACUUAUGGAUUUUCUCUUGAUACGAAAGCUGAUAGACGAGAAGCAUCACCAAGCACAUCUUUCAGAUAUGGCAGUGCAACACGUAAAGAACAUUCUACUCUUAGAUUUGACAACCAUAAACCAUUAGAUAGAAAUCUAUAUAACCAUCUAGGAUCCGUGGACCAAAAAGCAGUGAAUGCUCGUUCAAGAGCACUUGGGGAUUCAAUGGAAUUGAUUGAUCAAGAUUAUGUACUUGUCUUGGGACCCCCAGUUGAUGUGUCAUCUACUUCAGCAAGUGCUUCAAAGCCAAGCCACUCAUCAUACAAAUUUGAGAGUCUCCCGCAAGAAUCUCUAACCACCUCGACAAGUGCCCCAAUGCCAAUCAUUGGUGCAGCUAGUAAUAACACGUGUGUCAUAGGAAGCUUGGAUAGUCAGAGUUCUGCUCCAGGGACAUCGCUAGGAUCAACUGAUAUGGCUGAUGCUUUGGAGCAACCAUCAUCACACUGCAUGACAAGGCUUAAUUCGCUGCAGCAGUGUGUGUCUGCUAUUACUGAAUUAGUUCAUGAAAAGAUUGAGGCGGGCAAGCAACUAGAAGCAUUCUCAAUUCAGCUAGUAAUUCUUGCUAUUUGGAAGCAAGCACUUCACAUAUGCCACACACAAGCUGCCUCGGCAAUGGAAGGAAGUCCAAGCCAAGAAAUUACAAGAAUUAGGAGGAGCACGAGCAAGAAGCAGGGUAGUCCUGAUGCUGAGGAAUGCCUUGAAGCUGUCAACUCUCAAGGGCCGGAAGAUCUUUCUGCACAGAUUGAGAGGGAAUUUCUCCGGGAGGUUGAGCAUGCAGAAGAUCUAGCAAAGGCCAUUGAUCCUGGACAUACGGAGAUGCCGGAUGCAAUGGAGACAAUAUUUCAAUCUGCUCUAGUUUUCGGGAGACACGGGGGUGUAGAUGAGCUUAUGGGUGACAUGGAUAGUGCAGCAGUAUUUUAUUCAAAAGCUGUGCGUCUCUUGGUAUUCCUUCUAGUGGAAGCACCAUCCCUCAUACUCAACCCACCAUUCUCCCUGACCAGUUCUGACCGGUACAGACUUCGAACAUACAUUGGUAUACUCAACAAUAGGCAAGGUUAUUCAAGGUCGCAGCGGAUGGCUCUUUUGAAAUGCGAGGAACAAUGCCCUCCUUAGGAAUGUAAAAAAAUUUAAGCGUAGAGUUGGUUGAUGACUUUCUUUGACUGCUUGACUGUACAUUGUAUAUAAUAAUUUGUUUGUACAGGUAUUCUUUGAUUGGAGGAGUGUGGAGAGGUGGUGAUACUUGUAUCAAAAUAGUUGAUGUAGUAAUUCCAUUUCUGUCAUUAAAAGAAUGAUGAAAUGUGCAUCUGUUGCC